AUGUCAGCCAAUUUUGUUGACCUCUUGAACAGUCAACAAGAGAGUGUCGUUCCCGAACCCUGUCCCUAUACGAGUUUUCAACAUGUCGGAUCAUCACAUCUCCCUGAAAAGGCAAGCUUCUGUGAAGACUCAACUACAGAGCGUAGAGAAAGGAAGAAGUGGACAGUCACAGACGAUCUUGUGCUCAUUAGCGCCUGGUUAAACACCAGCAAGGACCCGGUGGUGGGCAAUGAGCAGAAAGCAGGUGUGUUUUGGAGCCGCAUUGCGGCUUACUUCGCAGCCAGUCCAAAGGUGGAAAGAGGUGCAAAGCGAGAGGUUAUUCAGUGUAAGCAACGAUGGCAGAAGAUGAACGAUCUAGUCUGUAAGUUUUGUGGAUCAUAUGCGGCUGCAACUAGACAGAAAACAAGUGGUCAGAAUGAGGCUGACACUGUGAAACUGGCACACGGGAUCUUCUACAAUGAUCACAAGAUCAAAUUUAACCUCCACCAUGCUUGGGAGGAGCUGAGGAAUGACCAGAAAUGGUGUGAAGUUGCUAGUAGGAAGAUUGAUGGAACCAGCAAAAAGAGAAAGUACGAUGAUGGAGCUCAAUCAGAGAGCUCUCAAGCAACGUCCGCUCUCGGUAAUCAACCCACCAAACGCCCUCCUGGUGUUAAGGCGGCGAAAGCAGCCUCUGGUAAGAGAAGCAUCGCAGUUGACCAGGCUGCCUCUGAGUUUCAGACCAUGUGGACUAUUAAAGAGAAAGACAUGGCUGCGAAAGAGAGACUUAAGAAGAUGGGGUUGCUUGAGAGUCUCAUAUGCAAGAAAGAGCCACUUUCUGAAUACGAGGAAGAGCUAAAGAAGAAUCUAAUUAGUGAGAUGUUGGGUAAUUAG